AUGGCGGAGUGUGACAGACUUAAGAUGAAAGAUGGAGAUACAAUCGAUACCUUUGUUGGAAGAUUACCUGAGCUCUCGUCAAAAGCAGCCGCAUUAGGAGAGGUGAUAGAAGAAUCAAAGAUAGUAAAGAAAUUCUUGAAGAGCCUACCGAGGAAGAAAUAUAUACAGAUUGUUUCCUCGAUUGAACAGCUUCUUGACCUCAACUCAACAUGUUUUGAGGACAUCGGUUGUAGGCUAAAGGCCUAUGAAGAGAGAAUUGCUGAAGAUGAAGAAGACGAACACGAAGAUCAAAACAAACUUAUGUAUGCAGACUCAGGACAAGAAAGCUAUGGUGGGUACGGAAGAGAUUGUCCAGAUAAGCAACUCAAGCUUCAGGAAACUGUAGAAAAGAAGGAGGAAGACACACACGAGGCCGAUGAACUGAUGAUGAACGAAGUAGUUUAUCUCAAUGAAAGGAAGGUAAAUCCAAGCACGUUUGAAGCCGACUUGGAUAUGAUGAACGUGUGGUAUCUCGACAAUUGUGCGAGUAACCACAUGAGUGAAAACCGUUUGUUCUUCCAUGAGCUUGAUGAAACCAUCUUAGGAAAGGUGAGAUUCGGAGAUGACUCUCGAAUUGACAUAAGAGAAAAAGGCUCGGUUCGUUUUAUCUUCAAAGGUGGCGAAAAGAAAAUCUUGAACAAUGUUUACUACAUUCCUGGACUUAGAAGCAAUAUAGUUAGCUUGGGGCAAGCUACUAAGGUCAGAUGCGAAGUACGAAUGAAGGAUGAUACGUUGACCUUAUUUGAUCACAAUGGAAGAUUAAUGGUGAGAACUACACGAUCCAAGAAUAGGCUAUACAAUGUCGUUUUGCAAGCUGAUCAAGUUCGAUGUCUUCUAGCAUCAUCAUCGAGUGAAUCAUCUAUAUGGCAUUCCUGCUUAGGUCACAUAAACGUCGAGACGUUAACGAUGAUGGUCAACAUGGAGCUUGUUAUUGGCGUACCUAAGCUAUCAGGUGGCGAAGAAACAUGUGUAUCUUGUCUACUUGAGAAAGCAGAGUAUGAUGAUGCGGGUGAACUCAUUGUUCAAAUUAAAGGGUUGUCAUCUAAUGAUGAGAUCAUUGUCGAUGAAGAAGAAGUGAAUGAAACUGGUGUUGAGACCAAUGAAGAAGAACAGUUCGAUGAGGAAGAAGACGAAGUGCAGCCGCAACUUAGAAGGUCUCAACGGGUAACUAUAAAGCCAUCAUAUCUCGAUGACUAUAUCAUCUUAGCUGAGGUAGAGUAUGAGAUUUUCUCGAUAGAGAAAAACAUUACAUGGGAUCUUGUGGAACUACCAGCAGGAGUUAAGCCAAUUGGGCUUAAAUGGGUGUUCAAAAUUAAACGGAAUGCCGAUGGAAGUAUCAGUAAGUACAAGGCACGGCUGGUGGCGAAAGGCUACGUUCAAAAACAUGGUGUUGACUACGAUGAAGUUUCUGCUCCAGUGGCUCGCAUCGAGACCAUCUGCUUGAUCAUCGCACUAGCCGCUUCGAACGGGUGGGAGGUUCACCACUUAGACGUAAAGACUGCAUUUCUUCACAGAGAACUUAAAGAAGAAGUGUUUGUGGUUCAACCAGAAGGGUUCAUCGUAGCAGGACAAGAACACAAGGUUUAUAAGCUCAAACGAGCUCUCUAUGGCUUACGUCAAGCUCCUAGAGCCUUGAACAUUAAACGAAACCAGAUUCUAAAGGGGCUAGGCUUUGAAAGAUGCUCAAAGGAGCCUUCAUUGUAUCGAAAGGAGGAAAACGAAGAUCUUCUUGUUGUGGUGGUUUAUAUAGAUGAUCUACUCAUCACCGGAUCAUCACUUGAGCUGAUACUAGACUUCAAAAAGGAGAUGGCAACCAAAUUCGAGAUGAGUGAUCUUGGCUUGUUAACUUAUUACUUGGGAAUAGAAGUUGUUCAACGUGAGGACGGGAUCAUUCUGAAACAAGACAGAUACGAACGUAAGAUCAUUGAAGAAACUGGAAUGAACUCUUAA